AUGGACUCCAACUCGUACCUCGAGGGCGUGGCCGCCACAGCCGACCAGAUUAUGGCAGACUGCUCAUCAGUGGUGCCUAUACCGAGCAAACCUAUUACAACCUCUGGUUUGCAGCCAAGAUUUGCCAUUCCCGAUUUGGGCUCCAUUAGUAACAGAGCGAACUUGUCUUGGCUUUCUCCUCACCUUCAGCAAACAGUCUAUCAACGAAUACGCGUUACGCUUCAAUCCCUUCGCGAUAACAUGCUGAAGACAUUCAGAUCGACUGCAUCUGGCCUGCUAUCCCAAGAGUUGCUGGGAGGCUUGAACGACAGGGAGAUAGAAUCACGGCUGGCUCAAGUGUUCGAAGAAGAAUAUCGCAGAGAGUCCGACAAACUUCUCAAUGGGGUGGCACAUAUGGUGUUUCGGUUGGAAGGCCAAUUAGUGGGCUCUUCAACUGUCAUAAGCAGAAAAGGUUCUACAUUCAGCACGGAUGCGCUCAACACACUCGAAUCUGCCUACGAGCGCUGCCCAGUCUUGUCUCCAGCCGAGACAAACCUCGUCGCGUCGGCCGCCGGUAUCACUUCUCAGCAGGUUCGAACAUGGUUCCAGAACAAACGAAAUCGAGGCAAGAAGUUGGGCGGUGGCAAGCCCGCCAAGCCGUCCUCGGGUCCCCGACUCGUCGCCUCUCUACCCAAACGCGUCCCCCGACAACCAUCCUGCAGCUACUCCGCCUCCUCCGAACCUCUUAAUCUUAUCAAUGACACUCCUACUCGUCGUCCUGUCCGAGAUCUUCCUCGUCGCGCGCACUCCCAACGUCGAACCUCCUUCGACCCCUCCUUCGAGAUCACCCCUGAACCUUCCCUCGUCGACGGCGGCUCCAACUCCGUCUUCUCCCCCGCCACCCUCUCCCCCGGCUCUUCCUGCGACUCUAUCGCGUCCAAUGGCGGGUUCAUCUCCCCAUUCAGCAUGCACAUGGCGCAACAGCAAGGCCAAGAUGGUGGGAGGCAAGAAACGCAGAUCAAUAUCUGCUGGGACCAGGGUGUGCUGAAUGUACCCUUCGAGGCGCUGAAGAGUAGCGAGGGUGUCCCAAACUUUGAGUUUGUUCCCCCUACGCCAUCUCAGAACAACUGGGGCUCCUUCGACGCUAUAACUCCCGACGCCUUAUCCUUCCCGGGCAACUUUGGCAUGGACGACCUCAGCCAGAUGUCAUACGGCGGCCAGUUCGACGACGCCUCCCUCGGACUCGACAGCAUCGAGUACAUCCUCAACGAAGCGCUCUCAGAUCCCACUGCUUUCGGCGGAUUGACGCUCUCGGGCUCGCCCCAGUUUUCCGAGUCUUCGGCGCUGACGCCAGGGUCGGAGGCGGGUGCUUCGGAAGCCUCGUCGACGACUUUUGUGUCGAAUGGGGUGAGGGGUGGGGAUGGGCUUGAUGGAGACUUUUUCUCGGUGCUGGAUGGGAUGAUCAGUGCGCCGAGUCCGGAUGGGGAACAGGCUUGUCCUAUCUUCUCUCCUCAAGACCGAUCGGUUUCGUCCGCAUCGUCGUCUUCUGCCCUCUCUUUCACCUCUUCGUCUACUGCACCCACUUCCGUUUCCUCGUCUUCGGCGCUCAAGCAAGAGAACCAGUACCAGCAUAACCAGUAUACGAAGGGUCUUGAUCUCUUUGUUCCUGUCCAGCACCAGCAGCAACCACGCCAAGGGUCAGGCAACUUCGACAUGGGCUCAGUAGGGAACGAGAUCGGCCACGCUUGGCAGGGACAGGGAGACUUCGGGGCGCAGCCGCAGCAGGGCCAGAAGCAAGAUCAGAGCAGUUGGGGCUGGACCUCCGGCCUUCUCCCAUUCGACUCGACUCCUUCCCCCUCCGACGAACACACACCCAACCCACCAUUCCUCAACUUCCCCAACUCUCCCAACACUCCACCCUUCUCCCAGCAUACCCCGACUCCCUCGUGUUUGAACUAA